GGCACAUGGCUAGCUCUAUCAAAGAUGGCUGCCUGACGAGGUUCGUGAUCUUUAGUUGGUUCAGCUCGCCUUCGUUAUGCGAUGUAUAUGUCAACAUAGUUCCUCUAGAGACGGGUGACCGUAGUCAACCCAAUACACACUGAAAACAACAAGGCGUUCUUGUCGUUUCGAAAUGCCGUACUACGUGAGCGACGUGAACCCGGACUACACGGCCGCCUUGGGACUCUUCCAGCAUCUGAACACCGAAGAGCUGCAGAAGCUGUUGAAUGACGACAGUCGCGUGGAAAGCAUGGUCAAAGACCUGCAACAGGUGAAGAAUGCCGAGAGCGAGCGCGAGAUGCUGCUGGCUAGCAACAAGAGCCUGGCAGACUUCAACCUGUCGAGGGAGCCCAAGAUGCGCCAGUCGCGCCAGCAGAUUAAGGAGCUCUACGAGCAGGCCCAGGAGCUCAUGCAGGAGGUGGAGCAGAGGAAGAAGACCCUCGAUUCCAUGGGAGGACAGUCAUCCUUGGAAACCAUGCUGGCCCUUCUCCAGACGUCGGCUGCACAAUCCGAAGAAGAUUCUGAGAAAAUAGCGUCGAGCUUCCUGGAGGGGGAGACAACGGUGGAGUCGUUUCUGGAGCAGUUUGCGGACGCCCGCAAGCUGGCGCACCUGCGCCGCGUCAAGGUGGACAAGAUGACGGAGCUGCUGACCAAUCGCAGCCGGAACCCGUCCCGGCUGCCCGGCGGGGCCCCACCCCCCCUGCCCAGUCGCCCCGCCCCCCCGGCACCUGCCCCCAUGCCCUCCUAUCCGCCGGCCGGGGCCGCCCCUUACCCCGUGGCCCACUUUGCGAUGCCCAUGCCCUGGCAGUAGCCCUCUUUGUGUUUGUUCGUCGAUUACGAGGCCGGACUUUGUUAGCGGUGCCUGUUUUGGUGUGAAUUCACAAAGGGAAGGUUCGGUAUAAAUGAGGGAAUUAAGUUGAUUGUUUUUAAGGAGGGUUUCUCUCGUUAGGGUUGUGCUGUGCUUCCCCGCGUUUUGAGCCAAAGCGCUAACACAACGACCCCGCUCCAGCCCCAGAUGGUGGAGCAACUAUAGUCGCUGACAGGAUCAGAAUGGCUUGGCUUGGCUUCCUAACCUUAAGUAAGGAAGCUAAGAAGUUAGUGAACUUCGAACAUUCACGUACAGCCGGUGCACGGCGUAGGGCAACAAGCGAACGCUGGAGGCUGGGUGUCAGAGAAAGGUGCUGUGGCGUUUCCAUCUUUUCGGUGAUUAUAGCGCGUAUGCCGGGAAAGUCUACAAUUAGGUUGUUCGGUUAACGCAGCGUUUGGUACCUUUUGAUGUUGUGGGAAAAUGUGUGUCCAUCUCUGCAUAACUCUGCGUUUGAACUCUGCGCUUGUUUGUGUGCUGGCUCCAAUGGCAGUCUGACAGUUUAUAUUCUGGAAAAGUGGGCAAGGAUUUGCUGUGCAAUCUGACCCAUGGGUUUGAUGCAAGUUUUCUGGGAGCAAUAGGGAAGGUCAUUCAGGGUGUGACUGGAGAGUUUUUGAUGGGUUUAUUGUAUGAGUAAUAAAACUUUCUGUAAUGCACGUGCACUGGUAGAUUGUUUUGAAUGAAUCUAUUAGUAUCCGCAUUUUAGGUAGGAAUGCAUUACGAUAAAAAGGGCACACUUUAAGGUGGAAUACUAACUAGCAUGUGAAUGGUACAGCACCUUAGAAGUGAUACGGGUUCUUUAUGAGCUAUACAAGGUGUGCCUAAGUUGUGGGAAAUGUGGUAUUUUGUGGAGGGGCAUUUUGCUUUAUGUAUGUCAAUGUGUCUGAGGACUCGCAUUGCCAAAGGCUCCAGAGGUGUUCUGCCUGCACUGUCUUUAAGAGGAAGCAUCACUGACCAGAUAAGAGGUCGACUCUGCAUUGAUUCAUUACUAUACUGUUUAAAGGCAUUUUGAUUUGCCUUUCAUUUCAACGUGGCCCACAGGGACUUGCUUGUGCAGUAUAUUCUCGAACUGAUAAAAGUGAACCUGGGCUACCUUUUUGUCAAAUGGAGCAUUUGGAAAUGAAUAAAGCAGUGAAAAUGGA